AUGGCGCAGGCCCAGUACAUGGAGGACUUGCGCGGGUUCGUUCUAGACGAGGAGAGGAUCGUGACAUACAAGUGGAUUUUGCACAGCUUUGUGGAAGAAAACCAAGACAAAGUCGCUGCGACUUACUUCCUGCAUGCCGAACAAGAUGUGGCUGGAAAGACUGAGCGACACUUCACUGUCGUUCGUGAAGAUCAGCUGGAUGGCGCGAAGCGCAAGUUCUCCAAGAUCCUUUCAUCACAUGUCUUCAGUGUGAGCAAGAGGAGCGGGGAGAAGCCGUUGUGUGCGAGCUCAGUGCUGUGGACCAUCGACUAUGAGGCGAAUGAGGAGCUUUAUCAGGUGCGAUGCCCGUGGGCUCUUUUCUUGGACAUGAUCAAGUCAUGCCGACAGGCGGACUGGAAAGUUCUGAACAGCCUAAGGGACAACAGAUACGGCCAUGUGAAGUCGAAGAAGAUUGUGAGGGACCUGCAGCCGAGACGUGAGUUCCUCCUUGACCCUGGCGUUUGCUCCGCACGCUUCCAUCCUGAUGCCGGUCCUCAAACAGAACUUUUCCCUGUCUCACCAGGUGGACAUGCUAUCGCCAGUCCGACGGCUGCUGGGAACGAGCCGCGAUCGGCUGAGAGGACCAAGGGGGCUGCUCAGACGCCAACCUUCUUCCCGAAGAAAGAGGAGGCGAAAGAGGCUGAGAAGCCCGUGAAGCAAGAGGCCAAGCUGUCUGCUGCCGAGCUGAGGAUGAAGGAGUUGGCUGGUGGAGGCAAGCCAGCAGCCAAGGCUCCCAAGAUGAGCAUGGCAGAGCAAAGGAUGAAGGCUCUUAUGGGAGGAAACAAGUCUACCAAGAGUGAGGACAAGAAACCUGUCAAGGCCGAAAGCCAGCAAGCCGCUGAUGGGUCGGAUGAGGAGGAGCAGAAACCUGAGAUCAAACCUGUCCUGGGAUUCGAUUUCGACUUUGAGAGGAAGCCGGUGAAAAAAGCGAUAGAGUCUCCUCCGAAGAAAGAAACAAAGGCAAGCUCCAAGAAGAGUAGCUCCAAGAGCAAAGAUGAUGAUUUCAUCAACGAUGACUCGGAAGGUAGCGAAGAAGAAAUCAUCACGAAGAAACGAAGGUUCCACCCGAACCCGUAUCACAACUCAGACUCUGAGGAUGAAGCGAUCGGGAGGAGAAAGGAGAGGCCUGAGGUGAACAAGUACAAGAACCUGGUGUUUGAAGACUCGGAUGAUGACGAAGUCGACAACGCCAACAAGAAGGCCGAGGAGGAACAGAGCAAGGAGGAACAGGCCAAGAAUGAUACGCAGAGUGACAAGGCUGCCAAGAAGGACGUAUUGGAAGAGGAGUCGAGCGGGGACGAGAGCGAUUCCUCGCACUCAAGUCAGCACACCAACGCCAGCGAUCCGGACAAGAUGGAUCAGGCGGAGGACGACGCAGAUCAGCAGGAUGGGAAGCUUGUUAUCAUCAAGAAAGGCAAGGCAAGGGAAGAGGAAGGAGAUGGGGAGGAGGGAGCGAAGAAGUCGAAGAGGAGGAAGAAGAAAUCAGCAGAGACCGAGGAGGAGGGCGAGAAGCCCAAGAGGAGGCGGAAGCAGGUGGAAGCAGAUUCGGAGGAGGGAGAGGUGAAGAAGAAGAGGUCAACCAAGAAGGAAGUAGAGCUCGACUACGCACAGAAGACCCUCGACGUCUCUCAGUUCGCACCCAGCAACGCACAGAAAGUCAAGAGGAAGAGAAAAGUCACACGGACGAGAAUGGACGAGAAAGGCUACAUCGUCACUGAGGAGGUAUGGGAGGAAUACAGCGACGAGGAGGGCGAGGCAGGGGACGAGGCUCAGCAGUCCAAGGCGAGCGCAGUGAGGGACAAGAGCGCCUUUGCGAAGGCGGAGGAAACCUCGGGCGACAAGGACAAGAAAGAGAAGAAGGAGAGCAAGGAGAGCAAGUCCAAGGGCAAGGGAACUUCCUCCAAGGCUCAACCUGCUGUUAAGAAGCAGCAGGUGGGGAUCGCGUCCUUCUUCAAGAAGGCUUAA